GGUUGAAAUAAAUGGUGGAGUGCGGGUGGCGGGGCUGCCUCGCCCGGGUCUCACCGCGUGUGGCGGCGACGCCGUCGCCAAGCAACGGCAAUGGCGGGCGAGGAACGGCGGUAACGGGGCUGCGCCUUGGUCUGGGGCUGCGCGACCUGCGGAGCCCUGCGGAGCCCUGCGGAGCAGUGACUCUGCCUGAGCCUCGGGGACAGGGACAGGGAGAUUUGACCUGGCAGCGGCCGCCCGCGGGCUCCGCUCAGCAUGAGCUGGUGCGGCAGCGGUGAAGGGUGGAGUUGGGCUCCCUUCGUUGAAGGUCCCAGUACUUCCAGGCAGCAGAACCAGCCUCAAGGGCACUAUGGACUUACCUCUCCAAUUAGCUUGGCUCCUCCUAGUGAUAAAGACCACAUUCAUACCCAGAAGCUGAUUGAAGCAAUGAAGCCAUUUGGGGUAUUUGAGGAUCAGGAAGAACUCUAUCACAGGACAACUGUUCUUGGUAAACUGAAUAACUUUGUCAGAGAAUGGAUUUCAGAGCUUGCUGAAAGCAAGAAUCUUCCCCCUUCAAUAACAGAGCAAGUUGGUGGCAAAAUAUUUACAUUUGGUUCCUACAGGCUUGGAGUACACACCAAAGGUUCAGACAUAGAUGCUCUUUGUGUUGCUCCCAGUCACGUGGAAAGAUCAGAUUUUUUUCAGUCAUUCUUUGAAAAACUGAGGAAUCAAGAGGAAGUAAAAAACCUAAGAGCCAUUGAGGAUGCAUAUGUACCAGUUAUCAAAUUUGAGUUUGAUGGCAUUGAGAUUGAUCUCGUGUUUGCAAAGCUGUCCUUGCCCACGGUUUCUGAUGAUCUCGAUCUCAGGGACGACUCGUGCCUCAAAAGCCUGGAUAUAAGAUGCAUACGGAGCUUAAAUGGCAGCAGAGUUACAGACGAAAUACUGCGCCUGGUGCCCAAUCUGGAGAACUUCCGGCUCACGCUCCGGGCAGUUAAACUGUGGGCAAAACGACGUGGUGUUUACUCCAACAUCAUGGGAUUUCUUGGUGGAGUCUCCUGGGCAAUGCUGGUAGCAAGAAUAUGCCAACUCUACCCCAAUGCUUUGGCUUCUACUCUCGUUAACAAGUUCUUCUUGAUUUUUUCAAAAUGGGAUUGGCCAAAGCCAGUGCUGCUGAAACGACUUGAAGAGAGCUUUCUUAAUUUACCAGUGUGGGACCCUAGGGUGAACCCAUCAGACCGGUACCACGUGAUGCCCAUCAUCACCCCGUCCUAUCCACAGCAGAACUCCACGUACAACGUGUCAGUGUCAACACGAGCCGUCAUGAUAGAGGAGUUCCAACGUGGUCUUGAAGUUACAGAUGAGAUUCUCAAAGGAAAAUCAGACUGGUCAAAGCUCUUUGAACCACUCAACUUCUUUCAGAAGUACAAACAUUACAUUGUGCUGACUGCCAGUGCCUUUACAGAAGAGCAUCACUUAAACUGGAUUGGCCUCGUUGAGUCUAAAAUCCGUGUGCUGGUUGGAAACUUGGAAAGGAAUGAAUUUAUAACUAUUGCACACGUGCAGCCACAGUCUUUCCCUGGCAAUGAAGUUCUCUAUAAACAGAGUGGAUAUGUAUCAAUGUGGUUUCUUGGGCUUGUAUUUAAGAAAGCAGAAAGUGCAGUAAAGACUAACGUUGAUCUAACACAUGGGAUACAGUCAUUCACAGAUACAGUUUACAGGCAGGCCAGUGCCCUCAACAUCCUAAAGGAAGGUAUGAAGAUUGAGGCAACUUAUGUGAAGAGAAAGCAACUCCAUUAUUUUUUGCCAGCAGGAACCUUACAGAAAAGAAAGAAGCAAAGGGUGUCAGAUAUUAGUCAAAAUAAUAGUGGACUUCAGUGCAAAAGGUCUUCUUUAGGUGAAAGCUGUUCGGAUGGUUCCAAAGACAGAGAUCCCAGAACACCCUCUAAUUCCUCUUCGUUAAAUAAGAUAUCUAAGUUGGACAUCUCUACAGCAGAGACAGAAAGAAAUGUUGAAUGUCAGAGUUGUAGUGGUGCCAACAGUGUAGCUGAGCCAUCAACGUCUAAGGGACUUUGCAUUCCUGUGACUGAUCCAAAAAUGGAGGCUACAGUUGCACUAAGAACAUCGGGACCUCCAAUUGCUUGCACCAUUCCAGGAUAUAACACGGUUUGUCAACUCAGAACGUGUUUUGUGCACGGACAGCAUAAAUUAAGUGGGACUCUAAUCACGGAUCCUAGGAGUGCUUCACCUAAGCAGCAUUAUUCACCAAGCUCUAAAGUAUCUCGUCCACCUACAUCGGGAGAAUGCCCCCAAAAAGCCAUAGAUGGAGAAAAGCUAAACAUGUGGGACUCCAAUUUCACAGAAAGCGGAUACCCUCAGGAUGGGAGGAAGAGAGCUACAAAAAAUGGUGUCCUUGAUGGGAAAUCCAUGCAGAUUCCAGUGAUCACAUCAAGGUCACAGAGGCUUUCCAGUAAAGAACUGCCAGAUUCUUCAUCUCCUGUUCCAACAAAUAGCAUUCGUAUUAUUAAAAGAUCCAUCAAACUUACCCUUAAUGGGUAAGUGGUUGAUCUUCAGGGUUUUAAGAAGAAUGUUCAGGGUUUUGAGAAGAACAUUCAGGAAGAAUUUAGGUUACUAGUUUCUCAGACUUGAUCCAUUGAUGAAUUACACAUCUUAUCUUAAUGUAUCUUGACAUAUAAGAUGUCAAGUGUGAUGUUAAGUGAUGUCAGUGUUCUGGAGUUUCCCUGGAUGUUGCAGAAGUUCGAUGCUGCCCCAGGACUCUGCAGAUUAGAAUUCAGCUGUUUGUAAAUAAAGUUCAAACUUACUCAA